UAGGCACGUGCCAUGAGUGUAGAUUGUAGAUUCUAGAGCUACCACAGGUUUUCCUGUGGCUACGGCAUCGCGAACUUCCUCCGAGACCUGGAGAAACUUGCUUUGCGCAAGGCCAUGAAGGCGUCGUGCGGGAAGAGUCAAUCCCGGCGCUCUGGUUUUCCUGCAGCAGUGGCGAGCCGCAGCUCGUGAAGCAAACAUAGUAGGUAGGUAGAUAAAACACUAUGCUGUGAGAUAAGUAAGGUACGAGUGGAGAAGAGAAGAGAAAGUUGCGGAGGGCUUUAUCGGCGAUAAGAAAGGAUAGCGUCUUUGGCCGCAGCGGUCACCGGAAUCCAAAGCAGCAUCGGGACACCUCAGCAAUCACGCUGAAUCUCGUCGCACUUCCUUCCCUCCCCCUCCCCCUCCCCCGUCUCUUCCAAUUAUAAUCGCGGCUUUACAUUAUUUCUUCAAUUUAGGAUUAUCUCCUGGUGAGAGACACUGUGUCCUAGGCGCGGUCAGCUGCACGACCGCCCAUCAUCACAAUGAGGCCGAUUACAGCAUUCGCUGCAUUCUGCUGGUUCCUCCUGUCAAGCAGCAGCUUAGUAUGCGCCGAACCCAAUUUCAAGCCCCCCCAGGCAUUCAAGAACGUAAACCUGGUCCGAAAUACCAACUUGGAAAAAGGAUAUGUUCGGGAGACCGUCAACGUGGUAGUGGAGAACGUGGAUAAAGACCCGCAGAGCACCUACUACAUAGCCUUCCCAUCAGACGUAUUUAACAAGGUCGGAGGUCUAGAAGUGAGAGAUAGGAAAGCACCAGAGAAGGGCCCUUUCGACGUGGAUGCGUUGUCUGUUGAUUUUCCGAGUGAUGUCCAAUAUUUUGCUGUUGACUUCCCCGAGCCUCUUGCGCCUAAAUCGCAGGUUACUUUAGGGAUCUCGUACUACCUCCUCUCCUCUCUGAGCCCGCGCCCUGCUGCCAUCAACCAGGCAGAUAAACAGUACCUCGCCUACUCAUUCUCUGCCUACAUCCAUUCAGCUUAUCCGACUGUGACCCAAAAGACGAAAUUGAAACUUCCCAGCACCAAUGUACCUGACUAUACUACUACCACCGGUUUGAAGCCCGGCUCGGAUCCAGAGCGUCAGGGCACAACUUACACUUACGGCCCCUAUGACACGGCUGAAGUUGUUCCCGGAACUGUCUAUCCGAUUAGCGUGCGCUAUGAAUUUACCAAACCGGUGAUAACGGCGUCGCUGCUGGAACGAGACCUGGAAGUGUCUCAUUGGGGUGGAAACUUGGCGACGGAAGAGCGCUACUGGCUUCGCAAUAACGGCUCCAAUCUCGUGAAUCAAUUCUCGCGCGUCGAGUGGACGCUUACCAACUUCCAGCAGCUGCCUUCCUCCGCCAUCCGUGAGCUCAAGUACCCUUUAAAGCCGGGUUCGGUGGAUCCCUACUUCAUUGAUGACAUCGGGAACGUGUCCACGAGCCGCUAUCGUCCUGGCAAGCCUCCUAAGCGUGAUGGAUCUUUGGAACUUCGCCCCCGGUAUCCCGUAUUCGGUGGCUGGAAUUACAGCUUCCGCAUUGGCUGGAACAAUGAGCUCUCAGCUUUCCUUCGCCGGGUGGCCGGUGACGAUUCGUAUGUGCUCAAGGUUCCUUUCAUCGAGGGACCCAAGGUGCCUGAAGGUGUUCAGUAUGAGAAGGUCGUCGUUCGGGUCGUGCUUCCUGAGGGAGCUCGCAACGUCCGGUAUGAGAUAAUUGAUACUGCCUCUAACAAUGGCCUUCCUCCUACCGACCAGAUUAAGUUUCAUGUGUCUCCCCACAAGACCUUCAUGGACACGUUGGGACGUACAGCAUUGACCCUGACCGUGGAGAAUCUGUCCGACGAGGCCCGUGAUUCUCAGUUGGUGGUCACCUAUGAUUAUUCCUUCUGGGAUGGAAUACGUAAGCCCGUAACCAUCACCGCCGGACUGCUGACUGUUUUUGCAGCCGCAUGGGCAAUUGGAAACAUUGAUGUGAGCAUCAAGGAACGAUAGAGUGUAUCAUGUACUAUUUGUAUUCAAUCUUUUUAUACCUGAGCAAUGUAACUGUCCUCUUCAGUAAAAGCAGACUUUGAC